UUGGAAUGAGGAGCUCUGUCCAUUCCUCCUCAGGAGUUUUCACUGCAUUCAGAAGUUUGAGUUCACUUCUGUCUCCUCGGUGUGGGGGUUAAAUUUGCCCCUGCACUGCAAAGGUCAGAGCCUGGAUUCGCAGGGUUUGUUUUUAGAGGCAGUCCUUGGCUCGGCUGGCAUUGGACACUUGCUUGGAUCUCUGCCAGCUCCAAAUUUAACCCGGGGCUGUCCUGCUCCGGGACGAGGGAGCUCCAGCCCAGAGUCACUGCAAGUGAGCCCCUUUCUCAGGAAGACAGUUCAGAAAGGAAAGCUGAUGGAUUUCACCAGCACCGUCAUCAUCCCGCUGCUGUUCGGCAGCCUGGGGAUCUUCGCGCUGUUCCGGCUGCUGCAGUGGGUGCGGAUGCGAACCUACCUGCAGGAGGCGGUGGUGGUGAUCACCGGCGCCACCUCCGGCCUCGGGAAAGAGUGUGCCAAGGCUUUCCAUGCAGCUGGCUCCAAGGUGGUGCUCUGUGGCAGAGACAGUGAGAAGCUCAAAAAGCUGGUGCAGGAGCUUUGUGCCGUGAAGAAUCACCGCAAAAACACACAUGAACCUCACACUGUGGUGUUUGACCUCUCGGACACCAAAACUGUGGUAAAUGCUGCUGAGGAGAUCCUGAGGGCCCUGGGUCACGUGGACAUCCUGAUCAACAACGCUGGCAUCAGCUUCCGAGGCACAAUCGUGGACACAGGACUGGAUGUGGAUAAGAAAGUGAUGGAAACAAAUUACUUUGGACCUAUAGCCCUCACCAAAGCACUUCUCCCCUCCAUGAUCAAGAGGAGACAAGGCCACAUUGUGGCCAUCAGCAGCGUGCAAGGCAAAAUAAGCAUUCCUUUCAGAUCUGCAUAUGCUGCCUCUAAGCACGCCACCCAGGCCUUCUUCGACUGUCUGCGAGCAGAGGUGGAGCAGUAUGACAUUGAAGUGACAGUUGUGAGCCCUGGCUACAUCCAGACAAACCUGUCCCUCAACGCCGUCACAGCGGAUGGAUCUCGCUACGGAGUGAUGGACAAGACCACGGCCGAGGGACAGACGGCGGCCGAGGUGGCUCAGGUGGUUCUCAAUGCAGUGGGACAGAAGAAGAAGGAAGUGCUUGUGGUUGGCCUGACCCCCUGCCUGGCUGUCUACCUGAGGAACCUCUGCCCCAGGCUCUUCUUCACCUUAAUGGCAUCUAGAGCAAAAAAGGAGAGGAAAGCAAAGGGUUCUUAGAGCUCAGCUCCCCUGAGCAGGGAGAGGCUGAGCCCCUGCAGUCGGCUGGGACAACACUGGAGGUGCUCCUGCAGGAAAAUACUUUCUCAAAAUGCUGUUUACUAUUGCAUGGAGACUGGGAAGUGGUUUCCCCCACACUGCUGGAAGACAGCACCUAAAUCUCAUCUGGAGAAGGAAGGGUGCUUGGACAAUGGGGGAGAGCUGUAGGGGAGGGAUCAGGGGAACACUGCAGCCGGGGAGGCCCUGGCUGGGACACUCCUCACCUCACUCCAGGCAUGCUCAGCUUUACUGGCCUGCUACAAAUAAAACCCACCUGUUCUGCCUUCACACCAGCAGCCCUUGGCUGUCCCCACCCCUGUGAAAUACAGUCCUCAGCUGGGA